UAAGAAUUUGACACAUGAAAAUUAUAAAAGAAACUCACUUAUCACAACGGAGAAAUUAAACACAGCUUGAAACUAUUAAAAUUAAAUGCUACUUUGACACCUCUCCUACCUGUUCAUGAUGCCGAAGAACACGUGGUCAUAUUGAGGUCCAGUAUGUUUGAAGCAGUAAGAUAAACAAUGUUGGUUCAAAUUGGCAGUAGGAGAAACCAAUACAUUCGCACAGAGGUACAUGAACUUAUCUGAAUACUACACAAUGGGAGUUUUUGCCCAUAUCCGAAGCAUUUCAGCAUCAUUUGCCGCUAAAAUCGCCAUUAACUGGAAAAAUAAUAUCUGCACUCUGUGAACAAGUUCCUGUAACUAAAAGGUUUGUUUACGUUUGCACAAUCGACUAUCGAAAUUUUCGAUUAUUCUUUGGGACGCUGUUGUGUGAACCACGAUUGUGAACAGUUAGUGAACAAUAGUGAACAUGGCGGUUAAAGAGAAGAUAGAAAACAUUUCGGAUGAAAUUGAAUGGAACGUUGAUGCAGAAGUUCAGCUAUUCUAUGCUAUGCAUGGUCAUAAACCAGUUGGUGUCAAUAAGUAUUUCCAGAUGGUCUGCAUAUUAGAGAAAUUCAAAAAUGCAAUUAACAACAAGGACAAUAUAACAUCGAAAGUUAUUUGGGAUCAUUUAGAUACCAUGUACGACCUGCAGGCUUUGGAUGACACCGAAAAUUUACCUUUCCCAAAUGAGGAAAGAGAAUUCAGCCUUCCACUUGCUGAGUUCGCUUCUUUAAUGGAAGAAAAGAGAAAAAGCUUGGAGGCAGGUCAUGGAUCGGUUAGUGAAAUUAAAAGAGAAGUAGUCAAGAAAGAAACGAUUGACAAGAAAGAAGGAAUGGUCAAAGAGGUUAAGAAUAUUGCUCUUAAAAAGGAAGUGAAAGAUAUACCAAAAGAAAUAAAAAAGGAACCAAAAGAAAUCAAAGAACCUAAGAAAAUUGCUCCUAAGGAAGUAAAGGAAGUACGACGAGAAAGUAAAGAUAAAGAAGCGAAAAAAGAAUUUAAAAGAGAGUCUAAAGAAUUACCAAAAGAGAUUAAGAAAGACGUUACUGAAAUUCAGGACCAAAAAGUAAUUAAACCCAGAGUUAGUUUAAAAGAAAAAAAAGAAGCUAAGAAAGACGAAGAUUUUGAAGAUGUUUCAUUAGCUACUUUAACUGCAAGAAAGGAAAGAGUGAAGGAAGUGACUGAUACAAAGACUGAAGAUUCUCCAAAACGAGGUGGAAAGCGGCCAACACGGGGGUCUUUAAAACCAGAUGAUGCCGGAUCAAAUAAAUCGGCUAGUCCUGUUAUCACUGCAACUCCCCCACCUAUGAAAAGACGGAGAACAUGAGGUGCCAGUGUGCUUUCUGCAGUUUGAGAGUUUUGUGGUUAUUCAACAUUUGGUGCUUUAUUUCAUACAUUCAUCUAUGUAUUGUAAUCACCCAUCAAAUCAAAUAUUUUAGGUUUUAUAACAAUGUGCUACAAGUUUUGCAUCAACCCUGAAUACAAGAUGUUUCCAAUUUCUCAGUAUAAGAGAAUUUUAUUAACUCUUGCUUAUUGAAAAUAAAUUAGGAUCAAUUGGCUGACAAUAUCAGAUUGGUGUUAAAAAUUGUAGUACUGUCACCUUUUAAUAAUCUGUAUCUAUUUUUGUAUUAAAAAUAAUGUAUUCAUUAUUUAACACAGUAAUUGUAACUGAAAGUUGCAAUUCUUUGAGUAGAGUGGUAUAUGAAACAUUUACCAUUUCUUGUUAGUCUUUGUUGAAGUGCAAAGAUAUAUUGUGAUUCCGUCAGUUGUGAUAGAGUUCAUUGCAACUUGAAAUGUGUGCUUAUUGCAGUACUCUAAAGAAGAACAUUUCUUCUUAUGCAAGUCUUUAAUUAAAAUGCUAUUUGUUGAUUUAGUUUUUGUAAGAGUUAUGAAGAAAAUUAUUAAUAAAAUAAUGCUAUGUUAGACAAUUUGUAAGUUUUAUGUUCCUCAUUUUUUAUUUAGUUUUUAGGAGAGUUCCGUUUGUACCUUUUAACUUCUUUAUCUCCUGGAGAAGUGAUGCUAGGUUUUCUUGGUUCAUAAGUUGGAGUAUAGUGUUGUAGAAUAGUAAACAGCCAAGACUGGUUUUCGGAUGUGCCUGGCAUCUGAAUUUAUUUGAAAAAAUGAACAUUUUAGUGCAACAUUGUGUAAGAUGAAGAUUUAUUUAGAUUCAGAGAAUUAGAAACACCGAUUUUCUAAACAAUUUUGAAAGUGAUAAAUUGAUUUGAAUUUUUAAGUAUAAAUCUUUGUUGGUUGUACACUGCUUUGUAAAUUAUUGUAUAUUUUAGAUUCUUUUGUUGUAAUGACUCUACACAGUUCAAAGAAUUUCUUCAAAUGGGUGAAUUAAAAUGAAGGAACAGUUGAAAAUGGAGAAAACCAUGUCCAUAUUUAGUGACAUUUUUCUCAGUGACUUCAUGCAGUGUCUUUAUUGUUUAGGGCAGUUUCUUUAACCCUAGUAUGACCUAAUUGUUUCCUAAUAUUUUCCCUCACUCCUGAUAUGUGGAAGAUCACAAUUAUAAUUUAAUGUAUUUUUUAACAUUCAAUUAAUGUUAUCUGGAAUUAGCACUAGUUUAUAGAUUCAUUCUUGUUUGCUACCUUGCAAAUAUGUUGACAGUUUUCUAUCUUGAAGUAAUUAUUCCCUCAAGGUUUUUUUAAGAUGUUUGUUAAUCUUUUGAAUGUGCAGUAUUCUUAUUUAAUUUGUUUUUCAAAUUCUGUAAAAUUUGAAAAAUAAAAAGUUUUGUAAAUAACUCUCCUUAUGUGUGUGUGUCCAGAGGAGAGAAAUCGCUUAAGGUAUUUAGCAGAGUUUGUGUUUAAUUAUUCAAUUGUAUGCAAGAGAUAUUGUCUUUCGUUUAUAUACAUGGGCAAUAAAAUUUUAUUUUUAGAAACUAAUGUGUUUUUCUGCGAUAAGCAUAAUGAUUAGUAGGAUGGUCAUCAGUUGGACAUUAAGUUUGCUUUUGUACUUUUCCUAAUGUAUCAUAUUUACAAUUAAAAUAAUUCAGGCAUACAAAUUUUCAUGUAAUUAGAAAAUAUUAACUAAUGG